CUCUAUGCUCAGUCCUUUGAGUUACUCCUCAGGAAGGAAGGACAUGGAUUCAAGUCUGACAGGACUGCUGUACAUCUGAGCCACGGGCUGCUCUUCUAUACCUCAGACAGGGAAUAAGGUGGAGAUGGAGGACUCCUGGGCAUUGGCCCUUUGGGCGCUGAAGAUCUGGCUGUACCUCAUAAUCGGCCUCAUCAUGAUCCCAGCCAUGUUUGGCUUCUCACUGGGCAUCUCUGAGACAUACAUGACCAUCCUGGUGAAAACCUUAGAAUGGGCCACUCUGAAUAUACAGGAAGUAUGUGCAGAUGAAUCAACACUCAAACCCUCUGCAUCUAAUGGCCUCAUCCAGAGGGAGGAUAGCUGUAUGGAGAAAGAGUUAGAGGAGCUCAGACGCAGUCGUCCCAAACCACCAGUUGGCGGGGACUUUACACUAAGCGACUGUUUCUAUUUCAGCCGGAGAGGAAUUGAGAGCAUUGUAGAGGAUGAGGUGACCCAGCGGUUCUCUUCAGAGGAGCUGGUGUCGUGGAACUUACUGACUCGCACCAACACUGAUUUCCAGUACAUCAGUCUGAAGCUGACGCUGGUUUAUGGCCUCGGCAUCUUUGUGAGAUACUGCAUCCUCGCCCCACUCAGGAUUCUUCUUGCCUGCAUUGGCCUCACAUGGUUGGUCAUAGGAACAUCUGCAGUUGGAUUGCUUCCAAAUUGGAGGAUGAAGUUCUGGCUCAGCGAAUGGGUUCAUGUGAUGUGCUACAGGAUCUGUGCUCGCGGACUCUCUGCCACUAUCUGCUAUCACAACAGGGAAAAUAAACCCCAAAAAGGAGGAAUCUGUGUUGCCAAUCACACCUCUCCUAUUGACAUUGUGAUUCUCUGCAACGAUGGGUGUUAUGCUAUGGUGGGUCAGGUACAUGGAGGUUUGAUGGGAGUCCUCCAGAGAGCCAUGGUAAGGUCAUGUCCUCAUGUCUGGUUUGAGAGAGCAGAGAUGAAAGAUCGCCACCUAGUGACCAAAAGGUUGACGGAUCAUGUGAAUGACAAAACAAAGCUUCCCAUAUUGAUAUUUCCAGAGGGAACCUGUGUCAACAACACAUCUGUCAUGAUGUUUAAAAAGGGAAGUUUUGAAAUCGGAGCAACUAUAUAUCCAGUAGCCAUUAAGUAUGAUCCCAAGUUUGGAGAUGCUUUUUGGAAUAGUUCCAAAUAUAGCAUGGUCAGUUACCUGCUGAGGAUGAUGACCAGCUGGGCCCUCGUCUGUAAUGUGUGGUACCUGCCUGCCAUGCACCAACAGUAGGGGGAAGAUGCUGUCCAGUUUGCCAACAGGGUUAAGUCGGCCAUUGCUCACCAGGGAGGGCUGCUAGAUCUACAGUGGGAUGGAGGCCUGAAGAGAGCAAAGGUGAAGGAGUCGUUUAAAGAGGAGCAGCAGAAGCAGUACAGCAGCAUGGUAGUGGGAGAUGACAGCAGCAGCAACAACAGUGACUGAGAUGACCCAAUCAGCACGCUGCAAAAUACCCCGACCCUGUUUUUGGAGAAUAUACACUGGAAAAAGGCCUCUCUCCUCUUAUUUGUUUCAUUGGCUGGAACUGACAGAGAAUACUACCAUGUGGACUUGUAAACACAUGGUGAAACCUCCGCUACAGCUGAAAGGAGGAGAGUCUCAGUGAUUCACAGAAAACACAAGUGCAAUAUUGAACUUUAUAAGGUGCAGAGUGAGAGGGGAAAACUGUCUGUUUUUACUGCUGCUGAAGAUACUAUAGCUGUUGUUGUGAUUGAAUGUUAAUUCUGAGAAUAUGCUUCGAAUUAAAUGUGUGAUUGCAAAAAAAACACUCAGAAAAACUGGAUUCAUGAAUGUGUCAAAGAGAGUUGAUUCAUUUAUGUGCUGUUCAUUGUUUUUAAGGUACAUUUUAGUUUACGAUGUCAAUAAAAUCUGGAGGUAUUUUGCAGUUGUACUGUUUUAUAGCUUGACAUAUUUUUUAACACUUAUAACAGUUGCAAAAAUGAAUACUGACAUAAUUGUGAGAUUAGCAUUUAAAUAUUGGUUUUAUGCAUUUAGGGAAGCCCUGAGAGCCAAUGAAGACAAAAAGAAUUUUGAUGAUCCGUUUUCUAAGUCUUAUCUUAAUAGUUUCCCCUGUGUUUUAAACAUAAAAUAAAUAAAGAACAUUUUGCGAGGACUUUUAGCAGCAUAUUGGCAACAAGAGACUGAAGUGCACCACAACCCCAUGUUGUAAAUAGGACUAAAAGCAAUCAUUUUGCCAUUUUGUCAUUUUGCAGUUUUCUUCCAGGGGAGUUUCUCCUUGUACUCUAAACAUGAGGUACAUACAUAACGUGUUUGCGGGUUUUGACAUUACUGUGAUACCUGUCAAUUGGCUAGAAAUAUAAACUUGCCUGGAAGAAAACAAGAAUGCUUUUAGUCCUAUGGAGAAUAGGACUGUGAAGACUGAGCAGCAGUGAGCAAAGAAGGUAUUUAAGAACAUGGAUAGGAAGCUACAGUAGAGACAAACAUCCUGACAUUGUACUAACCGAGCACCGUUAGCCUUUACAAUUGAGCUGCUUCACUAAACUUGUUAGAUGUUGAUUUGUGUUUAUUAUUAUUUUGAAACCUGAAAUGCUGCCUCCUUGGACAUAUUCAAAAAACUUCUCAAGCACCAUCUGUUCACAAAGGCUUUUGGACUCACCUAACCCCCUCAUCAGUGCUCAAUUGUUUUUGUCAUCUUAUUGUAUUGUAUUGUAAAGUGUCCUUGGGCUUCUUGAAAGGCACUAUAUACAUUUAAGUUAUUAUUAUUAUAGUUAUUAUUAUUAUUAUUAUUAUGGUUAGAAAAUGAAUAAUUUUGUAAACAUAUUCUGUAUCCUAAGUCAUGGCAACCACUACCUUUAAUUGUUGCCUGUUCUCUGUUUAGAUCAUGGGUUAGUGGUGCUCUUUAGGGUCUUGUGGCCAAAAUAUGUAUUACAACAACAAACAAAGAAAUUCACCAGCCAAAAUUUUUUUCCGGCUCUUUUCACAAGUUUUUGUCUUCACCUGUUCAGUCAUAAACACAGGAGAGAAAACAAAUUAGAUCAGAUGGAGAAAAUGGAUCACAAACAUUUUUUUCCUAACUUGCAUUCAGGGCUUUCCUAGCCCUAGAACAUUAAACAAACCUCUAUAAAACAAAGUUUUCAUUUAACGAUAACCUGACAACGGAACAAUCUUCGAUAUCGAUAUCGAUAUCGAAAUCGAAGUUAAUACUGAUAGACGUGAAACACUGAUAGCUUUUCACAGGAAACUUCUUGCACAUUGUUUUUGGUAACCUUUGACCCCUCACCCCUUUCUCACAGCACCGCAAAGGGAAAGAACAGACACAAGAGACACAAAG